AUGGUCCUCGCCAGUGCUAUGAAGCGUCAACGUCCUCAUCUCAAAUCAUUGAUUAUAAUGAAACUUGAAGUUACCAGGACGCCCAUCAUCCGGGAGAUCAUAGAAAUGCCAGCGCUGCUAUACAACCUACGCGACAGGAAAGUGUACGCGUCGUUCCACGAGUACGUCAAGCCUUCGCGGAUUCGUGCUAUUGACCAGAAGUGCGCGCAAGUCACUGGGGUACGACAGGAUAUGGUUGAGAACGCCGAUUUGUUUCCGCCCGUUUGGAAGAGGUUCAAAGAAUUUUUACAAUAUCACGAUGUACUCCGUGACCCAUCCACUACUGCAUUUCUCACAUACGAUAAAGCGGACCUGAACGAAAUUCUUCCAGCGCAACUGGCAUACAAAUCAUUGGUGGAUUCCCAUCUCGACGACCUGUCUCUUCUCAGUCAAAUAUCGCGUCUCAACAUCAAGAAAGCGUUCGCAAGGCAGUACAAGUUGAAACAGACGAAACCUCUGCGCAAGAUGAUGGGUCAACUGGCAUUGUCCAAGGACGAGCGAUAUCAUUUUGGGAUGGAGGAGUGCUGGAGCUUGGCGAGGCUUGUGGAGGCCAUGCAGCAUGAUGGGUGGAGACCCAGAACUCCUGAUCUAAGCAAAACUCAGAUGAAGGUGCCGAAAUCAAAGCCAAUUGUGUCUCCUGAAUAG